CUGCUGCCAUGGACUGUUUGGCACUGUCGCCAUGGAAAUCCGCGUUGUUUUGGUGACAGCCCUAUCAGAUGAUAAUGGAGGCCAUGUAAGGAAUAUCCUUUCUAUCCGGUCCAGCUCUGUGCUCUGAAUCCUCUGCAGUCUGCAUCAGCAAAGUGUCUUGGCAUCACUUCUCGUCCUUCCUUUCGGUGUCCAUUCCGGCGUCAUGUGAAAGAGGGUUCACGGUGGUCUCUCUCGCCCUGGACCGGACCCUCCUUUUCUCCUCCCCCUCCCCACUGUCGAGCUCCCUCCCUCGUCAGUGCCGACGUCCUCGCUCAGGUAGACCCGGUGGGGUGGUGUCCCUGUCCCCGCUGUCCCCGGUUUAUCCUGCACCCUUCUUCGGCGUGCGGCGGAGCGGAGGAUGAGCGAGCAAGGGAAGGGCUCGGCAUCCGCCUCUGCCGCGGCCCCGGCGCCAGGUUCGGAUACUUACAAAGGCUGGCUUUUUAAAUGGACCAACUAUUUGAAAGGGUACCAGCGGCGAUGGUUUGUCCUCAGCAAUGGCCUGCUUUCAUAUUACAGAUCGGUGGAUUUGUGUUUUAUGAGGAUGUGUGCGCAGGGGACUGACAGGACGCAGGCAGAAAUGGCCCAUACGUGUCGUGGAACAAUCAACUUGGCCACGGCGCACAUCGACACAGAGGACGCCUGCAACAUUGUUCUGAGCAGCGGUGGCCGCACUUACCACCUGAAGGCUAGCACGGAAGUGGAGCGACAGAGAUGGGUCACUGCGCUGGAGUUGGCCAAAGCUAAAGCCAUCCGCAUGAUGAACGAUCAGUCUGAUGACUCUGGGGACGAGGAGCCUACAUCCCAGUCGGACCGGAGCGAGAUUCAGGGCACCCUAAAGAUACUUGUCAGCAAGCUUGAUGACCUCAGCACGUGUAAUGACCUGAUCGCCAAGCAUGGGGCGGCCCUGCAGCGUUCCCUGAGUGAGCUCGAGGGUCUGAAGGUCCCUGUGGAGGGAGGGGAGAAGAUCAAGGCAGUCAAUGAGCGAGCCACCCUCUUCCGCAUCACUUCCAAUGCUAUGAUCAAUGCGUGUCGAGACUUCUUGGACCUAGCAGAGACUCACAGUAGGAGAUGGCAGCGGGCGCUGCAGUAUGAGCGAGAGCAGCGUACCCACCUAGAGGAGACCAUUGAGCAGCUAGCCAAGCAGCAUAACAGCCUGGAGCGAGCGUGGAGAGAAGCACCCACGCUUGUUUCUACCGCACCUAGUGCCCCUACCACCAACAAGGGGAGUGAGAGGCUGCGCAAAGAAGAGGCAAGUGAUGAAGAUGAGGAUACUGAGUACUUUGAUGCCAUGGAGGAUUCCCCUGCAUUUAUCACAGUGACUGCUGCUGAGAACACACAGCACAGGCGAUCUCAGAGUAAUUUGAGUGGAGCAAGCGGAGGUCAGGCCAGUGACUGGAACCAGGACGACCAUAUGUCUCCGAGCUAUAAUGAUGUGUCAGGGAAGGAGCUGCAGCCCCGCAGACAGAGGCGGACUCAUGUCCCAGACAAGCCCAACUACUCCCUCAAUUUGUGGAGCAUAAUGAAGAACUGCAUCGGCAAGGAGCUCUCCAAAAUUCCCAUGCCUGUAAACUUCAACGAGCCUCUGUCAAUGCUGCAGCGUCUCACUGAAGACCUGGAGUACCAUGAGCUCCUGGACAAGGCGGCGCGCUGCGACUCCUCCCUGGAGCAGAUGUGCCUGGUCGCUGCCUUCUCCGUCUCGUCCUACUCCACCACGGUACACCGGACAGCCAAGCCCUUCAACCCCCUCCUGGGCGAGACCUACGAGCUUGAUCGCCUGGAGGACUUUGGUUACCGCUCGCUGUGUGAGCAGGUGAGCCAUCACCCUCCUGCAGCUGCACAUCAUGUGAUUUCCCAACGAGGCUGGACCCUGUGGCAGGAAAUCACCAUCGCCAGCAAGUUCCGUGGCAAAUACCUCUCCAUAAUGCCUCUGGGUGCCAUUCACCUGCAGUUUCACUCCAGCGGGAACCACUAUGUGUGGAGAAAGGUCACGUCCACAGUGCACAACAUCAUUGUGGGCAAAUUAUGGAUUGAUCAGUCGGGGGACAUUGAGAUUGUGAAUCACAGGACCAAGGAGACCUGCCAACUCAAGUUCUCUCCCUACAGUUAUUUCUCCAGGGACGUUCCACGGAAGGUGACAGGUGUGGUGGCAGACAGUGGGGGCCAGGCUCACUACAUCCUCUCUGGCACAUGGGAUGAUAAAAUAGAGAGUGCCAAUAUCAUUCAGAGCAGCCGAGGGGGGAGUGGAUCAGAGGGCAAGCAGAAGACUGUCUAUCAGACGUCGUCCCCAAAACUGCUGUGGAAGAAAUACCCUCUCCCGGAGAACGCUGAGAACAUGUACUACUUCUCAGCGCUGGCACUGACCCUGAAUGAGCAGGAGGACGGAGUUGGACUGACCGACAGCCGUCUGAGACCAGACCAGAGACUGAUGGAGGAAGGACGAUGGGAUGAGGCAAACUCAGAAAAACAGAGGCUAGAGGAGAAACAAAGAGCCGUGAGGAGGAGGAGGGAAGCGGAGGCCUCAGACGCUCUGGAUGACGAGUGUGAUUAUGACUCUGGCAGAGAAUACGAAGGCUACCAGCCGUUGUGGUUUCAACAAAGGAGGGACUCAGUCACUGGAGAGACAAACUUUGUGUACAAGGGAGGUUACUGGGAGGCGAAGGAGAGGCAGGACUGGAGCAUGUGUCCUGACAUCUUCUAACCCAGGAACUCUACCCGGAUCACUCCUAACCUCAUCGGACAGGGAACUGCUCUGCCUCUGGUCCUUAAGCAAUGGGGCGUAGCUGGCUUAUGAGCACCAUGUGGACCUUUUGUGAGCAUGAGAAUGUGUAUGUUUCACACACUCUCGGAUUACACUGUACCUCCAAAUGUGCACUCUCAUUCUGUUUUUACUAUGGGGGGAAAAAGAAGGGGCGUUCCCUGAGUAGUCCUUUUUGACACUAUACUGGAACAGGAGUGAGAUAAUGUGUGGAUGUGAGGUGGUGUUGGAGUUGCAACACCACAAAAUAAAGGCACCUGCACAUUUCUGAAAUCAGGUGCUCUCUAAAUCCUACUCACAAUGCACUUUUCUGUGUUCACCCCAUUUGAGAGUUUUACCAAUUAGACAGACACCCACAUCAAAGCAGCUCAUGAUUAUAGACUGACAACUAACAGGCACAUAGAAACAGAACAGUGCUGAAGGUUACAAUUAGGGGCCUCAUUCUCUGUUUUAUUCAGCACUACUUAAAUGAUGCUAGGCCUACUUUAUUAAAUCAGUUCCCUCUUUUUCUUCAUGGGAAUAUUUUCAAGUGCUCAUUAUUUGCCCCUUUUCUAUGAAAGAGGCUAAAGCCUGAAAAUGGUGUCUGGUGUCUAUUAGAUUUUAUUAUUAAUUAUGCAGAAACAAAGUGUUCAAAAUUAAUUGUAUAAAUAAGACAUUCUGAAAAACAUAUUUGUAUAAAUAACUACAGCCAAGAUAAGUAACAUGACCUUGUGACAUAAUCUAAUACAUUUUAAAUACUUCUUUUACAGUAUUUCAUGCUGCUUGUUCAGUUUUAGUUUCAUUCAGUUUUAUUUUAAUCCUGCAGUUUCUAUAAAUUAACUAUAGUUAUUUCAUUUCAUAAUGCUAUUUGGGAUUUAAGUCCUGAGACAAACAGGGAAGAGCCACCUAUGUGAUUGACUUGUGACGUAUGAAGUAAAACGGUCACUGGAAAAAAUGACAUUGUGAAAUAAAUACAAACUUUGGAAAAAGGAUAUUUUUAAAAUAAGAACUGUCUGAAAGAAGUAAAACUGAUCUGGAAAUAAAUUAUCAGAAAUUAGCAUGUUGAAAUAACAUAAAAGAUCUUUUUUAAAUGUAUUGAAUUACUUCACAAUUUUAUAGUAUUGUUUCCUAUUUUGUCUGCAUUUAUUAUUAUAACUCUUUCCUGUAUAAUAUCUUAUUUACUUAUUUAAUUUUCAACACUUUGGCUCUCCAUAAACAACAUCUUAACAUCUCUUUCUUAUACAGUAGAGGCUGAUUUAUCUGAACUGAUGACUGAUGAAAUAUGCAGCAGUGCAGAAAUAUAUUUUACUUGUUGUGAAUGUUGGGAGUUUCCCUCUAGAUAUAUGAAAUGGCAGUCUUUUAAGUAGUCAAUUAGACUAUAGUCCAUGUAGAGAUAAUAUGACGGCUUGAGACAUUUAAUUUUUUGAAUAUAAAUUGCCUCUAAGCUUCAAUGCGUUUUAGUCAUCUAAACAUGCUUGAGACAUCUUCCAUUUGUGAUUCUGAUUAGUAAAAUUCUGCAGUAGUCAGUCCUUUAGUUGUGACACAUUAGUGCUCCAGUACAACACUGAACAUCCAUGUCACUCUAAUAGGAACCUCCAUUAAAGAACUGAAUAAGCACUUUUCACUGUGGUUGACCAUAGGUUAGUACAUAUCUCUGUGUUGAUGUUGAGAAAAUUUCACUCUGUACUUUUUACCUUGUCCUCUGGUGCUCUCCCAUAGCAACACAUACCGUAUCCUUGGUGACCAUUUCCAGUGACAUCAUUCUCAGUAAUCAUACAUAGUAUUAAGUCUGCACCAAAACACUGAGACAUUCAGUAAUUAAUUACCACCCAGUACAGUACAUCCAGGAACGUGUAGGUUUCUAUAAUGUGCAUUGCACUAGCUCCACAUCCUCCGUCACUCACGUUUCCACUAGAACUACUGUACGUGACACUGGAGCAGUUUCUCUGAGCAGUCCAGAGUGGCUUCAGCUGACAGGAGGUCAGAGGUUAUAGCAGCAGACAGGGCUGGUUCCUGUGGCUCACCACUGUGCAGUCAGCUCCAGCCACAGAGGACUCCUGCAGCUGCCGCUCCUGGCUCAACACAGCCCACGUAUGUGUAGUCCUUUCAUUCAGUGUUGUGGGCAUGCUGAUCUGGGAUCAGCUCACGAAAGGUACCCUCAGUCUUUUGCCUUUAAUUGACUGAACAAGGGAGAGUCCCCGACCUGUGCACUACACGUCUCCGGUGACAAGAGUUUUGAAAACCAGUUAGUAUUUUUUUGUAAUUAUUGUUAGGAAUGUAGAAUUCAAGGCUGGAGGUAUUGUAUCUACCGUCUGGUCUAUUUGUGUGAAUAUUUUGUGAUAAACGAAUGAUAUUGUAAAAUGAAGAAUAAUUAUACUAAUCUGAGUAUUAAGUUAUCUGUACAGCAUAGUUCAAAUCUGAAAAAAAAAAAAAAAAAAAAGACUGAAUGAGCCUGAAGGAUUUGCUGUAAUUUUAACUUUUAAUCCAGAUUGAUUCUGCAAAGAUGGAUGUUAACUCUGAGGCACCCUCAAUUUGGCUGCAGAUUUCUUGUUUUAUAUUUCCAAAAACUGUCUUAACACACUGAAAAUAUUUUUUUAUAGAGUCCUUGAUACUAGCACAUUAGCAACCGUAGUUCAGUGAUGAUUACAUUGGUCAACACAUCUAACAGUUCCUCUGCUGUGCAGGCCAUAAAGAUCUAUAAAGUGCACUGGAAAAUAAAUAAACUCACAUAGAAUAAUCAAAUAGGGAGAUUUUCAGUGUGAUAAUAUGAGCUGGUAAAAGGUUUAUCUGUGAGAUUGUUCGCUUAAUAAUUUGAUCGUGAAGUAAAUGAUGAUUGAUGCGUCUUCUUUUUGUUUUGCACAAAUAUGCUUCUGCUCUUUUACAUAAAAUGUUUUAAUGCAUUUUUGAUUUGUGGUUGUCACGAGCACAGUUUGAUUAAUCACUAAAUCUCUUGUGCAGGAUGACAUGCUUAAAGAGAUUUUUGGAAAUGCAUGUAUUUGCUUUUUCUAGCUCAGAAGACUGAUACCUCUCUAAUGUGUUUACAGUAAAUAUGAAGCUGGAGCCAGCAGCUGGUUAGUUUAGCUUUGUAUCAAGACUGGAAACAGGGAGAAACUGAUAGCUCUGGCGCUGUAACAAAAACCGCCAACCAGCACCUCUAAAGUCAUAAUUAUUACAAUUUGGGUUUUUACAAAUUACACGAACAAGAGCAUGUUUAUUAGUGAGCUUUAGAGAUGCUGGUAGGUGGAAUUUUCUACCUUCAGACAGAACCAGGCUAGCUGUUUCCCUUUGUUUCCAGUAUGUAAGCUAAGCAAAGCUAACCGGCUGCUGGCUUUAGCCUAAUGUUAAACAGACAAACAAGAGAGUGGUAUCAAUCUUUCAAAGUGUACUUCCCAAAAUGUCUAUAACUAUUCCUUUGAUUUACUACUGCUUUGGUUCUCCUCUUGUCUUUCCACUCCACAUAGAUACAAGCUAUUGGUACAAGAGGUUGUAUCCACUUAAACUCAUAUCAAGGGUGUCACAUAUAAAGAUGGACACUGUUGCAGCAACGUAUUUAAUUUUAUCUACGUGGAAAAAUUGUCAAUUUAAUCCUGUAUCGUCAUGCACAGUCGUGACACCUGAACGAACACAGGUCACCGCUGAAUGGUGGCGCAGAAAGUUAGUCUGUGAUUUCCUUUCUCAGCGAUCAAUUUGAGGUUACUAGAGAUUUACUUUAAUAUACUGUUUUUGAGAUGAUUUUAUAUUUGAGAGUACAUGUUAUAUUUUGAAUGAUAGUGGAGAGCUCAUCAUACGUUUUAAUCAAUGUAUUUCCAAAUAACGUGACCUCAGUACUCGCCUACUGAAGUUGCCUCAGUGAGGGCCUGUACAGUAUAUCGGACAGCUGUAGCAAUAACGCAGCGAGGCGUAGAUUUGUCACUUCAUGGCUGUUGUUGCUUCAAACAGAACAGCUGUCGGCCUCAUGCAGAAAGGGGAAAAAAAACAACCAACCAAAGUGUAUGUGGAGAGUGUACUGUAGAGUAAAAUAAAAACCCCUCUUCAUCUGCCUUCCCAGUCUCAGAGGGUUCUAAUGUAAACCCCCUUUCCUCGUUUCUCUCAUUUCAGCUCAACCAACUCUUAAUUCACUGUGGUGUGAUUUUAAUCUUUUAAUUUGUAUGCUUUUAUUUACUGUUCUGAUUUCUACCUUCUCACGGGUGCCAUUAUUCUUACGUUGGUGUUUUCAUACUGUUUGUAUGCGUGAUGAGCUUGAUUUGUGUGCGUGUGCGGCACACACUUCCGUCUCAUUUAAUGCUGCUCAGUUUUGAGGCAGAACUAAUGAAGCUGGGGAGUCGUCUUGCCUUGUCUAAACUGAACCCUGCUUCUCCUUGGACUGUGCCUCGCGGCUCUGUCGUGAGAUGGUGGUGAUGUUAAUAAUCUGUAUGAUGAUGAAAGUUAUGAGACAAAUCACAACAGCGGCCUGGUACAGGAGGUCAAAGGUGAUUGACCUGCCUUGACUACUCUUACUCCCCAAAUACGUGCAGGUGUAUUCAGGUGUAACUGCGGAUUCAACUGAGGUUUUGCUUCUGUUUUUUUUUUAAAUUGUGUAUUUUCUCCCUUAAUUUAUACUCGUAUAACAUUGUCUUUAAACAACAAAGACACAAUAAUGAAAAAAAGAAGAUAAUAAAGUUGUUAUUGUUGACAGUGGA